AUGAUGGAUUUUUGGCAAGAUAAAAUAAAGGAAGAUUUUAAUGAACAGAUUAAAAGUGUAAAUGAAAAUGAAACAUUCGAAAAAUUAUAUGUGGAAAAAAUGAAAUUUGAUAAAGAUGCAAGCAACGAUUUUUCAAAUAAAUAUGUAGAAGCUUGCAAAUUAGUAUUAGAAGAUCAAUUGACCACAUUAACAGAAAUUAUUUUAGAGAAAGAUUUAGGCAGUAUUAAAUAUCAAUUAACAGCAGAGCUUAGAAGAAACGCUAAUUUGUUUAAAGAUUUAGUAAAACCACAAGGUCCAACUAAAAAGAAAUCAGAACAACUAGUCCCAUCAUUGGAUAGAAUGUGUUUAUUGUUCUCUAUAGCAAGUAACGAUUUCGAAAUUUUUAAAUAUAUUUACGAUAAUGGUGGUUCGCACCUAAUCAAUUUUAUUGAUCCUGUAACUGGAUGCACAUGUUUUCAUAUGGCAAUGUUGGUCGGUAAUAAAGAUAUCAUCGAGUUUUUAAUCACUAAAGUAACACCAAAGAUCAACGUUAUGGCAUUGGAUUCUUUUAGAGCAACUGGUUUCGACUAUGCAAGAAUGAAAGGUAUGAUUCCAUUCACCACACCACCAAAUCCAAAAACUAUCAAAGUUUACAAUUAUAAAAAUAGUCAAAUUGUCGAAGAUUGGCCUUUAGAUACUGUGGAAUCUGAAUUAAAUAUAAUUUAUACACCAAGAGUUUUAUCAACAACCGAUUAUUUAGUAGAUUUAUUAUUUUCAAGUUUAUCAAUUAAUCCAGAUAUUAAGUUUAGAAAUAAAUAUUUAAAUAGAAUUAAUAAAAGUGGUGGUGAAGAAAAUGUAAUUUUAGGAUGGAUUUCAGAACAGGUUGGUUGGGGUUUAUUUGCAAAUAGAGAUUUUCAACGUGGUGACUAUAUUGUACGUUAUGGUGGUAUGAUUACAAUGAAUCAAGAAAUGAAGACAACAGAUUAUAAUAUGAUGAUUUCGAAUGAGGAUUUUGGUUUGGAUGCCUCUAAAUACAGAUCGUUAGGCGGUAUGAUCAAUCAUUCUUCUAAAUUUAAAAAUGCUGAAAGUGAAUGCAUAUUCGAAGGUGGUUGUGAACAAGCUUUAAUUACUGCAGUUAGAAAUAUUCCAAAAGGUACACAAAUAUUUAUUGACUAUUCAAAAUCCUAUUGGGGUGAAGAUAAUGAAAACAAUUCCGCAAAUGGUACUAAUACAGAAAUGGUUGAAUUGGGUGGAACCAAGGAAUAUCCAUCAAUUAUUUUAAAUAUCUAA